CAUGAAGAUAAUCACAAGUGUUGUUCUCUGCUUGUUCUUGAUCAAUUCUGUGAGCAUCAAAGUUCUUGCACAAGAUGGCUCUUGCUCAGCAGCCAAGCUUUGCCAAUCCGGUUACUGCUGUAGCAAGUUUGGUUACUGUGGCACAACCGAUGCAUACUGUGGAUCUGGAAACUGUGCUUCACAGUGCCCAGGUAGCGGAGGUGGCGGCGGCGGCGGCGGUGGCGGCGGCGGUGGAAGCACAACCAAGGGUGGCAUAGCAAUAUACUGGGGCCAAGAUGGAAACGAAGGGACCUUGCUCAGCGCUUGCAACACUGGAAGAUACCGCAUUCUUAUCAUCUCCUUCCUUUCGCAGUUUGGAAGAGGGCAAACCCCACUUCUCAACCUUGCCGGGCACUGCGAUCCACCCUCCGGUGGCUGCAAAGGCCUCACUUCGGACAUCAACGCUUGCAAGAGCAAAGGCAUCAAGGUUCUCCUGUCGAUCGGCGGUGGCGCCGGAAGCUAUGGCCUCUCUUCGUCCAGCGAUGGCGAGUCCGUCGCCACCUACAUCUGGAACAACUAUUUGGGCGGUUCUUCGAGCAAUCGUCCGCUUGGGUCCGCUGUUCUUGACGGCGUCGACUUUGACAUCGAGACGGGCAACACUCCACAGCAGUAUUACAUCGCCAUGGCUCAGAAGCUCAAAUCUUUCAAUGGUAACUUGAUUCUAAGCGCUGCUCCUCAGUGUCCAAUCCCAGACGCAAGCCUUGGAUCCGUGAUCAAGGUUCCCGGGCUGUUCACAUAUGUGUUCGUGCAGUUCUAUAACAAUCCACAGUGUCAGUACAACAACAAUGGAGUUUCCGGGAUCUUGGGCUCUUGGAAUAAUUGGGUUUCAAACUCCGUCACCCCAAGCACUGUCAAGGUUUUCAUGGGAUUGCCAGCAUCACCUCAAGCUGCUGGGUCUGGAUACAUGCCUCCUAAUGUUCUUACGUCCCAGGUCUUGCCAACCAUCAAGGGCUCCUCCAAGUACGGAGGUGUGAUGCUUUACUCUGUGGCUUAUGACAAGUCGUACAGCAGUGCCAUCGUCUCCAGUGUUUGAGAGAAAAUAAGCUGCUGUUCAUAAUAAUGUGCAACUUAUGAAAGAGUGCAAAAACGUUUUCUAGAAUAUUU